AGAUAAAUAUUUUAACCAUGUUGUUUAUUUAACUUAGCGUUAGCGAUCAAAGUGCAAUUAGAUAAUACGUUUAUUAGAAAAUAGUUUAUUCUGCGAUAUAGUUAGUGUACUGAAAAUGACAGAAUAUGGUAAAUUCGGUCCAUUAAUCGGAGCAAUUGAUGAAGGAACCUCGAGUGCGAGAUUUAUUAUAUUUAAAGCUAAUUCAUGUGAGGUGGUGGCGGUGCACCAGAAGGAACUGGAACAAUGUUUUCCUCAAGAAGGAUGGGUGGAACAGGACCCCAACGCGAUCUUAGAAGUUGUAAUCACUUGCAUAACAAAAGCUGUGGAGCAACUUUUGGCCUUAGGCGGAAAACCGAAGGAUAUAAUAGCAGUGGGUGUAACCAAUCAGAGAGAGACUACGAUCGUCUGGGAUAGAUAUACCGGGAAACCACUUCAUAACGCCAUAGUUUGGCUGGACAUGAGAACUUCCUCUACAAUAGACAAACUACUGGAUUUGGUACCUAACAAGACAAGAAAUAAAAAUUACUUGAAGCCAUUAUGUGGCCUGCCCAUGUCCCCGUACUUCAGCGCUGUGAAAUUGAGAUGGUUGAGCGACAAUGUGGAUGCUGUGAAGAAGGCCAUGAAGAAGGGAUCCUGCUGCUUCGGAACUGUCGACACUUGGAUUAUUUGGAAUUUAACAGGUGGCGUUAACGGCGGCCAGCACGUAACUGAUGUAACAAACGCCUCACGAACGAUGCUCAUGAACAUUGAAAAUUUAACCUGGGACCCACUUUUAAUAAAGUUUUUUGAAGUGCCAAAAUCUGUUCUCCCAGAAAUUAAAUCUAGCUCUGAAAUUUAUGGCUACAUAUCAGAUGGACCUCUCUGUGGCACACCGAUAUCCGGUUGUCUCGGUGAUCAACAAGCUGCUCUAGUUGGGCAGAUGUGUCUACAGCAAGGGCAAGCGAAGGCCACAUACGGAACCGGUUGUUUUGUCCUUUACAACACCGGCGAUAUCCGCGUCAAUUCAAGCAGGGGCUUGCUAACUACAGUGGCCUACCAGCUGGGGAGUAAUAACCCGCCUUGUUACGCUCUAGAGGGUUCGGUCGCGAUAGCAGGUGCUGCCCUUGGCUGGCUUCGAGACAACAUCGGCCUCUUGGAAAGUGCUAAGGACUCUCAACAAAUAGCAGAGAAAGCAACAGAGAAUGGCAGUGUUGUUUUCGUUCCAGCAUUUAGUGGACUCUAUGCUCCUUAUUGGAGACAAGACGCUAGGGGUGUAAUAUGCGGUAUAACCGAAGAUACGAAUUCCAAUCACAUUGUGAAAGCCGCGCUAGAAGCCGUUUGCUUUCAAGUGAGAGACAUCUUGGAUGCGAUGAACGAAGACUGCGGUAUACCUUUGCAACUAGUUAAGGUUGAUGGCGGCAUGACUUCGAACGCCUUUGUAAUGCAAAUGCAGUCUGAUUUGAUUGGUAUAAACGUUAUCAAAGCGGGUUUCACUGAAAGCACUGCUCUGGGCGCCGCUCUUGUCGCCUACUGGGGUCUGGACAGCACCAGAACCGCGUCUCAGAUAUCUAUGUCCCCUGGCAUUACUUACAUGCCAAAGAUAAGUGACGAUGAGAGGGAUAUGAGAUACAAACAGUGGAAAAUGGCCGUGGAGAGAUCGUUGGGGUGGGAGCAGAAUUGAGUGUUAAGGUAUAAAUUUAAUAUAAUCAAACAUUAAUCACUAAAUAUAUCACACAAAGGCUGAAGUAAAUGCUAUCCACAAAUGUAUAUACAUAAAUUGUGAUUGGAAAUGGUUCUAUAUGAUAAUAUUUUUUAGUAGAUUUUUACAAAAGUUAAGGGAAAUUGUAAUUCAACGAAUUUUCAUUCUGCUUUAAUUGAUAAUUUCAUAAAUAUGAAAGUUAGUCACACCUUAAGGCUUACUUAGUUUAAUGGACUCGGAAAUUUGUAAUAGCGCUAGAUAAUGUUAUGGGAUAUACAUUGAUUUUUGCUAAUAAAACAUUAAAGUCAUAAACAAUACUGAAAUAGCAUUUCCUACUUCAAUAUAUAACAGAUAUACAAAGAAACAUUCAAAUAACAAUUUUGUUAUUUCUAAUAAAAAUAAUAAACAAUGUACAGUAAUUUAUACACAUGUUGUAUGUAAUAUAUAUGUAAUAUAUAUAUAUAUAUACAAUAUAUAUAUAUAUAUAUAUAUAUAUAUAUAUAUAUAUAUAUAUAUAUUAUGUGUUCCAAAUGCUCAAAUAUAGGUCAUGUUGAAAUAUGUAGUGACAGAAAAAUAAACGAAUGAAUUUAAUAAGAUAAAUUUAUUUAUACCUAAUGGUAGGUAUGGUUUAAAAUAAAAAAUAAAAAAAUUAUAGAUUGUAUGUGUCAAAUGGAUAUAUUUUCGUACUGCACAUUUCAUCUUUGCUUUCAUUCGUCAGAAUGUACUAUGAAUGCUAUUGCUAACGAUACUUGCAAAUGUUAGUUGACGUCACACUGCAUAUAUGUAAAAUACUUUAUACAUCUGUGCUCUUAUAAAAGACAAAUAUUAAUUUUAUCAUUAGGUUAUACUUAAUUAUAAUUUUUAUUGACUCCUAAUAAUAAUAUAAAACAAACAACGAAUUUUUAACUUUUACUAUUUUAUAAAUUAUCGAUAGUUAUGGCGACAUAUAUAAUAUGCAUAAGCAGAAAUAGAACUAAAAAAAUAUCAAGUGUAUAAAAAUUAAAAAAAUUUAAGAUGAUGGAUGAACUUGUCAAACAACAAUUGUCAAAUAAAAAGAUUCAAUCAAUUGAAUAGACUAUUUUGUAAUUUAAAAAUGAUUAAAAAAAUAUAUGAAUAAUGUUAUUAGCGCCGUUGUUGCUUCUCUCGCGUCAGAAUUAUGAAUUGAUAAAUACAAAUUUCAUAGCAUAAAAAUAAAGGAUUUUCAUAUAAACUUUCAUUAUCGCUACCUAAGGGGUUGAAUUUUACCUACUGUGUAAAAAGCGUCCGUAUCCAAAUUUUCAUGGUGCUAGUCCCUGUAGUUUGUGCUUUGCGUUGAUGUCAGUUAUUCUUUUAUAUAUAAAUAUUUAUCAAAAUUGUCAGCCUUUGCACGCAGCAAGUAAAAAAAAUAUCACAAAAGUGCUCACUCUCUCUCUUUCACUCUUUGGAAAUUCUAUUGUUGCCCUGUCGAAAACUGUGGGAGUGUGAUUUUGAUUGACUCGGUUCACUAGGCUUAACAAUAUGUCUUCAAUUCGAGUCAAAGCAGUUUAUAUAGUCUUUCUUUCGUAUAUCAUUGGUCACGUGAUAUAUCACUUAUUUUAUAAUUUUUAUACACUGUGGUGUUUGCUACAAAGGAAUUCGACAAUAAAUGUGUAAUCUGUCUAGGUCCGCGCUGAAUAGCUAGUUAUCUUGACAUGACGCCUUGAUAGGCGUAUAAUAUGAAUAUAGUACCAUAAACAUUUAUUGUAAGUUAUAAACAAAUAAAUGUUUCAAUUUUCAUUAGGUAGACAUUAACUGCAUGAUCAUUACCGAAGAUAUUCUCUGUGUUUGUAACAUAAAAAAUGACGGAUAGGGAUUCCGCUUCUUUUCGAGAGAAAAUGGAUGAGAAUACUAGGUUAUCUUUGUGGAAGGUACCUUCUCCACUUUACAGGGUCAGCCUAGUAAGCAUACGAAGUGGAAGACCAAACCUCAGGAUCACCAACAUUCGUAAAGGCACAGAACAUUGAAAUGGCUAAAAAGCAGCUAAACCACCAUGCUACAAAAGAGAAAAGAGGCUCCAAAAGAGAAAAGAGGCUCUAGAAUAAAAUAUAAAAAAGAUCUUUUUACAGUCUUAGACUCCCUUUAAUCUUCUACGGAAAGACGCAAUCGACGACUCCAAGCCGAGGCAUAAAUAUAAUUUGGAGAAAGAGACAUAACGGUAUGCCCAAAAACUUAUGCGAAUAUAAAGUCACAAAGUAAAAAAGUUAUUCAACAUACGGAAUAGCUGACAAAUGUCUGGGAGCAAAUGUCAGUCAGCUUAUCUAAUACUACUACAUAAGAAAAUGGUUAAACUUUGAGACCAUCGAGACAUACCGUUCCAUACAGGACAUCGACAGGGCGAUUAAAAACUUCGGUCAUUCGUUCAUGAAACUAUCGAAAAUCACAACAACUCUGGUCAAAUAACAAACCCAACGCACAUAGAUCCCAUAAAGACAAGAGUGACCACAAUAACGACCGAUGUACAGAUCAUUUAAAAGCGACUGGAUGAUGUCAGAAAAUGACUCACCAAGAUCGAGCCCCUCCAUCAAGAGACCAUUCCAGUCCUGUUACAAGAUAUAAAAACUAAUCUGUUUAAAAAAAAGGAGAUUAUAAGAUAGACCCCGGGGACCAAUUGGAGCCUUUAAGAGGCUUAAGGUAAGACUAAUUUGGUGUUAUCGAGGAUAUGGAUAGCCUCAACAUUCACGUGAUGAUGAAGUUUCUUUUCAUAAUAUUUCGUCUUAUUUUGCUUUGUCUACAAAAUCCAUUUUAAGGUCUUCAGAAUUGAAUGAAAAUCAGAAGCACUGCUUCUGAACUUAGAGUCAGAAAUUGAAUUGACAGACAUAAUAAAAACCAUAAAAGACUGGUAAUGCAACGAACAUGCCAGCAGCUGAAAAGAACUCUCCACCGCCACCCAUCAGCCAAAUCAUAACAUCAUAGUGUCUUCCACUUAUAAGACCAAUACAAAUAAAUAAAUCACAAAAAUCUUGGAAGGAAUGAAAAAGGCGAAGAACUAGAACACUAGCUGCAACACGAAAGAGUACCUGACGUUUAUUGCAAACAAAAUAAUUUUUUACAAAACUCUCAGGACAGAGAUAGAGAGGAAUGUGUACUCGUGCCUUAAAGGUUUUUUUUUACUUUAUUUGUUUAUAUUUUAAGUAAUUUAUGAUAUCCGCUAUAUUUAAAAACGAAGGUGUAUAGCCUUCGUUUUAAUAAUAGUGACGUUACUACUAUAAACAUAAUUAAUUGUAGCAUCGUUGCUGAGUGCUAGUCGUUAAGUGUUAAAGAACUUGUUCAAUAUAUUGGAAAAAAAUAAAAUAAAAAAAUAAUAUACAGAUUUCUUAUCUGGUUUUUAAUUUGAAUGCAAUAUUUUUUUGUUGUUGUUUUAAUAUUGAUUUGCUGUUAUUAUGUUUUUUUAAUGUAAACGAUUUUACUCAUUGAUGGUUUGUAAUUAUUACUUAAUUUUAAUACAAUACGUAAUUAUUAAGCUUAUGGUAUCUGUUAAGCUGCAGCCACACUUGUACGUAUUGUUGUCAACUGCGACAAUUCGCUAAGUGUCAAGUGUGGUUGUAGCUUAAAGUAUUUUAUUUUAAAUUGUGCUUGCUUUCACUUCGCUUGGUUGACGAAGGUGUUUCUGUGGAUUAGUUGUUAACACUCGGUAUCAAGUUUAAAAUUAUUUUUAUUCAAAUAUUUAUUAACUAAGUCACUACCUAAACUAAUUUCCUUAAUCGGAAACGUUUUGCCAUUGAUAUAAAUUCAUUAACUUUGUAUCAAACUGCGUCAUUUGUUAGAACGAUUAAUAUUUUGAUAUCUAUUGUGUCCGACAAUACAAGUCCUUGAUCGCAGGAUUAAAAUCAAAAGUAACAAUUACAACAUUAACAAGUAGAAUAUUCUAAAGUUGUACAUGUAUAGUGUGGGGUCUUUAGUAAUCGUUCGUACUGUAGUUGUGAUCGUUAAAAGCGUCGAAUGUAAUCGAUUAAUAAUGGGACAUCACCAUUCCAGAAUAAUUGUAAUAAAAUUUAUUUUGUUAACUAACUUAUACACGAGAAAUACAAAUAAAUAUACUAUGCAA